GUUGUUGAUGCAAGGGAUUUAGUGUUUUUUAAGCCAUGAAUUGAAGAUCAAGGGCGAUUUCCAUAUGAUGAAUGGGGACAACGAGUUCAGCUAUGCCAUGAAUUCCUUAAUACAACAACGGCGCCGAUCGAUCGAUCGAGCUCUCUGUCGGAGCGAGGAAGACGAACGAAGCUCCGCUUCGCCUAAGGAGCUAUGGCCGCCCGCCGCGCCGGGCCGGCCGUCGCUAUAAAAGCCAUUUGCAUCAUCGCGUUCUCGUUAGCCAGCUCAAAACCGACAAAAAACAUCGAUCGUGUCUCACCUGCCCGGCCGGCCUCUUCUAGAGAGCUAGGUAUUAUCCGUCUUUAUAUUCGUAUUGGACAAUAUCCGUAUUCGACUUGAUUUCGAAAAGAAAAUAUGGGUUAGGAUACGGGAAGGAUGCUAUCUGACCGUAUCCGACCCAGUUUCACCCCAAUUGGUCUUUAGUCCCUUUUAGCACCUCCCAUAGAGACUUAUGGACCUAGACAGUUUUAGUCUCUUUUAUACCCUCCUAUUUGGUAUUUUAGAGGCUAAAAGAGACUAAAGUGGAGGGAGUCCCUCCAAACAAACAACCCCUAAGCUCCUUGAUUUAGAAUGGAUAACUAUCAUUCAUAUAUACAGUUUCAUACAGUGAUUCAGUUUGUCGAUAAAAGGUAAGAGAUCUCUGUGAGCUCUCAUACUCCACAUAAGUACAUAACGCUGUUGUUGAUGCAAGGGAUUUAGCGUUUUUUAAGCCAUGAAUUGAAGAUCAAGGGCGAUUUCCAUAUGAUGAAUGGGGACAACGAGUUCAGCUAUGCCAUGAAUUCCUUAAUACAAAUAGCAACAUAUAUAUCUUUCAAAGUCAUGAAGAUUGAACGCGAUUUGCACAUGAUGAAAGGGGAUGGUGAGUACAGCUAUGCCAAGAAUUCUAUGAUACAGAGAAGAGCUGUUCUUGCUACCAGGCCAAUACUCCAGAAAGCUGUGAGGGAAGUGUGCAGAGAUCUUCAUCCCCAAUUAAUGGUCAUAGCUGACCUAGGUUGCUCCUCUGGUAAAAACACGCUCCUCUUCGUCUCCGAGGUGCUCAACACAAUAUGCGAAAGCCCUACCAGCACCCUCAACAAGGAGGAGAGCCCCAUGGAGGUCCAGUUCUUUCUCAAUGACCUCCAUGGCAACGACUUCAACCAUGUGUUCCAAUCGCUGGAGCAACUCGAGCAGUCGACGAGACAGGAAUGCGCCUGCAGAGGGCUGCAGCCUCCUCCAUACUAUGUGGCAGGUCUGCCUGGCUCCUUCUACGCCAGGCUCUUCCCGUGCAGCAGCGUCCAUCUCUUCCAUUCCUCCAUGAGCGUCACGUGGCUCUCUCAGGUCCCUGAGCAUCUCGGCUGCUUGAAUGAAGGGAAUGUUCACGUAGGGGCAACCACACAGCCAGCAGUGGCAAGGCUCUACCAGGAUCAGUUUGAGAAGGACUUCUCCCGGUUCCUGCACAUGAGGUGCAGAGAGAUUGUGGCUGGAGGCCGGAUGGUGCUGACACUUGUUGGGAGGAAGAGGGAAGAUGUGUUCGACGCAGGAAGGACAACCAAGAUAUUCGAGUUACUCUCGCAGGGGCUGCGCACUCUCGUUUCUGAGGGACGUCUUGAAAAGGAGAAGCUGGACUCCUUCAACAUACCGGUGUACUGCCCUUCGACUGAGGAGCUGAAGCAGCUGGUGCAGCAGAACGGGCUGCUUCACAUCACUGACAUCCAUCUCUUCGAGAUGGACGGUAGCCCCACGGAUGAGUCGCCGGAGUCGGCCGAUGCUGCCGUCGCCGCCGCUCAGGCCGCCGGCGAGAGUAUGUCUGCGACCCUAAGGGCAUCGACGGAGCCCCUCAUCGUGAGCCAUUUUGUGGAGUCUAUACUUGAAGACCUGUUUGCUUUGUUUGCCCGUAAUUUUACUAGCUAUAUUGAGAGCGAGGAUGAGCAGAGCGGCAUCUUUGUGAUCACAAUGUCCUUGGAGGCAAAACACUAGCUAGCAAUCUAAUAGUAGUGUCACCGUAUGUGCUCUCCUUAUAUUAGAGUGUUUCAAUAAUAAGCUAUUUUAUAGUGCACCUUCUUACUUUCUCCUCCGUUUAACAAUGUAAGACUUUCUAUAUUUAUAU